GUCACGUGUGUUAGUUGGAUUAGGCCAUGCUUUAAGUAGCACAACUAAUUAGAAACCGAACCGCAAUGGCGGCUGCGGAAGUACUGUGCUGCUCAUACUACAGCUGCUCGCCUUGGACCAUUCAAUUAGGCAUAUGUCUCCGUCGCUGUCCAAUCCCUAACCACCUUGCUCCUCCAAGACUCAGAAAAACUCAGACAUAUAAGCACCCUAAUCUACGAUUACCAGCCGUCUCCAUGCUACAUCAAAAUCCGGUCGUCUCUGACCUCUGCGCUACUGGUUUGGCCGGUGCCAUAGCUCUUUCGCUGCUUCGUGUUUGGCAAGAAACCGCAAAACGACGGCUGUUUGACCAGACUAUCACUCGUACCGCCGGCGGCAACUAUGUUGGUAGGUAAUGCCGUAGUCUCCGAUGUCAUUGCGGCUUUUGUAUCGGCCGGCAUCAUUUUCGCUUUUCUUCAAUUGUGGAAAGAAACAGCCAAGCACGGGCUCGACCAGAAACUGAAUAGGAAGCUUGUUCACAUAAGCAUUGGGCUAGUUUUCAUGCUUUGCUGGCCAUUAUUCAGUUCAGGGCAUCGAGGAGCAAUUUUGGCAGCUCUUACUCCAGGCAUCAACAUAUUCCGAAUGCUUAUUUUGGGAUUGGGGAUUUGGAAAGAUGAAGCCACAGUGAAAUCAAUGAGCAGAUUUGGAGACCACAGGGAACUUCUUAAGGGACCCCUUUACUAUGCCUUAACUAUUACUUUAACUUGUGCAAUCUAUUGGAGGACUUCCCCUAUCACAAUUGCAGCAAUAUGCAACUUGUGUGCUGGAGAUGGAAUGGCAGACAUUGUGGGAAGACGGUUCGGCAAUCAUAAACUCCCUUACAACACAAAUAAGUCUAUAGCUGGUAGCGUUGCAAUGGCACUGGCUGGUUUUUUAGCUUCCAUCACGUAUAUGCAUUAUUUUGCCUCAUUUGGAUACGUUCGUGAAAGUUGGGAAAUGACAAUGGGCUUCUUGGUUGUCUCUAUUGCAUCAGCCAUUGUAGAAUCACUUCCCAUAAGUACUCAACUUGAUGACAAUCUCACUGUAAGUUUGACUUCUGUGUUGCUUGGAACCCUUGUUUUCUGAUUUCCAGAAUUAAUGUGAAUUUAUAAUUGUUGGCCACUGAAUGUUUUCUUUUAGAGUUAACAUUCCAUGUUUAGAAAUUACUAUAUGAUGUAUUCUAGUCUAUUCCCUGUGUAAUUCCAAUUAUCAAAUAAAGCGUACCAAUUAUUCCACUGCAUUA